ACACGCCUCCAAUCCAUUUCCCUCCCAAACGAAAACCGCAGCUUGUUCCGACGACCCGAACACCCUAACCCUAAAAUCGACCAGCGACUGCGAAUGCGCCUCCGCUCCUACCCACCUCCACGAAACCACACGAUGGCGGCCUCAAAUCUAACCCAGCAAUGGCAUCGUGACGCCGGCCUCGGCUCUGACCCAGCAAACGCGACGCCGGGCAUUGAGCUUGGCUAGGUUUCAAAGUACCCACUUGCUCUCGUACGCCUCCUGCCAAGUUUGAAGGACGAAAAGUCGAGAGAGAUAGAGGAGGGAAGAGAAUAGAACCACUAGCAACAUAUUGGGUAGAGUGGAGAAAGAUUUGGGUUUUGGGUGAGUCUGAGUCAUCACCAUUGGAAUCAAACUAAUAAGAUUGGAGUGGAUUUGGUGUUUAAUGUCUAAACUUUGGUUGUAAUGCACUUUAUUUUGAAUUUGA